AUGGCUUCGCAUGAAGUUGAAGUCGAGUGGCAGUCGUUGAUGGCCCUCGACCUGCCACCGGCGCCAGCGAAUAUUCGCCUCAGUCACUACAGAGACAAGGCGCAAUUUAUGGAAGGUCUGGCCACAAGAUACAACGAAUAUGCAGACUCAGAGGAGACCCAAUUUGGAUGCUUUCAGCUGGCCAUUUUUGCCAUUGCGAGUCCUGCUACCAUUGAUGCCGUUCAGAAUGAUGAUAAAAAGCUCCUCGAAGUGGGUGAUUCGGCAAAAGAUCUCGUCAAGUUUUUCAUCAACGGCUAUGACCUCAAAGUAGCCGAGACGGUCAAUGAGUCCAAGCAGCCGUCUGACCAGGGUAAUACCCCCGCUGUUGUCGAAAGCGCCGCCGUCAAGCCCACGGCCACAGCAAAUCCUGCUGAAACCACCCUAUCGAGCCUCUUUGCUCGUACUUUCGGAAGUGUUCGGCGAUUUGUCCCCUACCACUUCGCGUCCUCACGAACGCCACCAGAGCAGCCAACUACAAGUUCUGAACCUGCUCCAGACCCUGAACCAUCGACAGGAGGCCUCAAGAGUCUGAAAAGAAAAAGAAGUCAUAGCGAUUCAAGUUCAUCAACUCUUUCGGACACAGUUUCGGUUUCUUCAACUGUUUCCAACACAAUUCAUCCAGUUGCCAACAUGCCAAAGACUGUACCCCCCCGACGAUCGCCUCCCACAGCCUGUGGGCGAGGGGUCGUAAACUUGGUAGAGGCAACGCAACUUAGAUUCAUGCUGGAUGUCCGGGAGGAAUUCUCGGCGAACAAAGCAAGAUACAGCAUCUUCGACGCCGAUACGGGUGCUCGGAUCGCAGACGGGACAGAAUACUUUGUCGAAAUGUGUACCCUGGAUUAUGCAAAAAAAAUGUAUGACUGCCUUGGUCUCAGCUGGGUCGUACGGAGUAUACUGUUCAUGGCUGGUGGGGCUGGAACCCCAGACGCCAAACCCAAAAGUGAUUUUGAAUACUGGGACCCCGACUUUGAUAUCGCGGAUCCCGACGAAGCAAGAAUCGACCAAAAGAGAUAUGAGGAAUAUCUUUUGCGACAAUUUGGCACCAAGAAUCCGAGACUCCAAGACGUGUCUGGAGACCUCGAUGCCACUGAACGCGUUCGGGAUCAACUUCCAUCACACAUGUCAUAA